AAGAGGAAUUGGCCAUUCCAAUCCCUAAUAAUCCCUCCAAAUCUCAAAACUCUCCUUCCCUAUCACACUAGCGUCCGUGUUUAGCUUGUAAAACCCUGGUCGAGGCUUUUUGAUGCAUUCGAUGAUGAAGAUCCCGGCUGUCCUACUCCCUGGCGCAAUUAGUUAUGUUCCAGGGAACUCAUCGACGACCGCCAUUUACCAAUUCUUUUCCAAGCUUGUCCUCGAUAAUCUUCCCACCCAGGAGCACUCCCGC